CACAAAAAACCCGGAUUUAAUUUCCCAAAAUACCAAUCUAGCCAAAACCAUUUUGUAUGACCGUAUACCACCCCGCACCCACCCGAGGUGAUUGGGAUUGUGAAGAAGAGAGGAGAGAAGGUGAAGUGGACUGCACAGCACACACAACUCGUCCUCGGUCCUCCGUACCCUUCCGCGCUCCGCCCCAGCACGAAACGCCGAAACCCUACCCUUUGGCUUCUCCGUCCUCGUCCUCGCCCCCGCCCAUCCGCGCACCAGCCGAAUGUCGUCGGGAGGCGGUGGGGGGCAGCAGUUCCGCUACACGCAGACGCCGUCCAAGGUGCUGCACCUGCGGAACCUUCCGUGGGAGUGCGCGGAAGAGGAGCUCGUCGAGCUCUGCAAGCCUUUCGGCCGCAUCGUCAACACCAAGAGCGGCGUCGGCGCCAACCACAACCAGGCCUUUGUCGAGUUCACUGACGUUAAUCAGGCAAUCUCGAUGGUUUCUUAUUUCGCAUCAUCUUCAGAACCAGCACAAAUACGAGGCAAGACUGUUUAUAUUCAGUAUUCAAAUAGGCAAGAAAUAAUUAACAACAAGAGUCCUGGAGAGACUGCUGGAAAUGUCUUGCUUGUUACCAUAGAGGGUGUUCAAUCUAGUGAUGUCACCAUUGAUGUGAUCCAUAUGGUUUUCUCGGCUUUUGGGUAUGUUCAUAAAAUAGCCACCUUUGAAAAGGCUGCAGGUUUUCAGGCAUUGAUCCAGUACACUGAUGCGGCUACUGCUUCAGCUGCUAAAGAAUCCUUAGAUGGAAGGAGCAUCCCAAGUUACUUGCUUCCGGAGCAUGUAACAUCCUGCUGCCUGCGAAUUUCUUUUUCUGCACAUAAGGAUUUGAACAUCAAGUUUCAGUCGAACCGCAGCAGGGAUUAUAAUAAUCCGUAUCUUCCAAUCAAUUAUUCUGCCAUGGAUGGUACAUUACAGCCUGCUGUUGGAGCUGACGGAAGGCAAGUGGAGGCUCAAGGCAAUGUUCUUCUUGCAUCAAUUGAGAAUAUGCAAUAUGCUGUUACUGUAGAUGUUCUUCAUACUGUGUUCUCAUCAUUUGGUUCAGUCCAAAAAAUUGCUAUUUUUGAGAAGAAUGGGGGGACACAAGCUUUGAUUCAGUACCCUGAUGUAUCUACAGCUGCUGUAGCGAAGGAAUCAUUGGAAGGGCAUUGCAUCUACGAUGGUGGCUACUGUAAGCUUCACCUGUCAUACUCUCGUCAUACUGAUCUGAAUGUGAAGGUAUAAUAGGCACAUGGUGACAAGAGCAGAGACUAUACAAUUCCAGCUGGCGUAAUCCAAGGGGUGCCACCUGGUGUACAAGCUACAUCCUCUGGGUGGCAAGGUAACGUUCAAGCAGCUGGGGCAUAUGCUGCCCCACCCGGUGCCCCUUCGCAAAGCCACGGUGCCAAUGGACAUGUGCAGAACUGGAAUCCCGGCAACUCAGUCUAUCCCCCAGCCCCAGGACCAGGAAUAUAUCCAGGCCAGAUGUACUCAUCUCCCUCACAGUAUGCAGCGUCAGGGGGCUUCCCUAAUACCCCAUCCACUGCUCCGCCACACUAUGCAGCAUCAGGGGGCUUCCCUAACACCCCACUCCCAGCUCUUCCUGGUGCUCCUACACAACAGUUGCACGCUUCGCAGCAGAUGCUGCCUCAGCAUGGAAAUCAGUCGGGAGGCGCAUCCGGAACUAGCCAACCGGCGCCACCAGCAUCAUACUACCGUUGAGUUGAAAUCUUCUUUUGCUAUUGUACUUAACCUGUUUUGUCACUGAGUUUGUUAUUCAUCAUCUAAAACUGCAACACUGUUGUCCGUAGCUGUGUUUAGAUGAUGUUGGGGGAGAACAACAACAUAGCAACAUGAUUAUAUUGGUGGUUCUUCCUCUCCUAAGAUUGGGAAAGGAGAAGAUAUUGCGAGUGUUUCAUAUUGGUGGAGUUUGAAACAUUGUUGCUGGAGAUAGUUUUACAUAAGCAAACAUAAUCUUCAGUUAUAAAGGAAUAUAAGAGCCAUUGCUAUUCAUGAACA